UCCAUUCAUCAGCACAGACACAACAGAGACCACUCGGUCACUAACGCUCUUCGGUUCCAAAGAGAGAGGGAAAGCAACACAGGCACACACAGAGAGAGAGAGCAAGCAAGAGUUCGUGGGAGCUGCAGCAAUGGCGACGCGUCGCCUCUCUUCCUGCUGCCUUCUGCUCGCCGUGCUCCUGGUGGCGGCGGCGGCGGCCACGGCCUUCGACGAGGCGGCGGCGGCUGCCGGCGUCGGGCUGGGUCACGGGGCGCGUUUCGCGCGAAAGCCUGGGCGUGCUGUCGCGGAGAUGCCUCAGCCGGAACCCAAACCUGAACCGAAACCAGAGCCCAUGCCACAUCCUGAGCCUAAACCUGAACCAAAGCCCAUGCCGGAGCCAAAGCCAAUGCCACAUCCAGAGCCGAAACCUGAGCCCAUGCCUCACCCUGAACCGAAACCUGAGCCAAAGCCCGAACCUAAGCCUGAGCCAAAACCCAUGCCCGAGCCAAAACCUGAACCAAAACCCAUGCCCGAGCCUAAGCCGGAACCUAAGCCUGAGCCAAAACCUGAACCAAAACCUAAGCCUGAGCCAAAACCUGAACCAAAACCUAAGCCUGAGCCAAAACCCAUGCCCGAGCCGAAACCUGAACCAAAACCCAUGCCCGAGCCUAAGCCUGAGCCAACACCCGUGCCCGAGCCAAAGCCGGAACCUAAGCCCGAGCCGAAACCCAUGCCCGAGCCAAAACCCAAGCCCGAGCCAAAGCCGGAACCCAAGCCCGAGCCAAAGCCGGAACCUAAGCCCAAGCCGGAACCCAAGCCCGAGCCAAAGCCGGAACCUAAGCCCGAGCCGAAACCCAAGCCCGAGCCAAAGCCGGAACCCAAGCCCGAGCCAAAGCCCGAACCGAAGCCAAAGCCGAAGCCGGAACCUAAACCCGAGCCCAAGCCUGAACCAGAGCCGAAGCCGUAUCCUAAGCCGGAACCAAAACCCAAGCCAGAACCUAAGCCAGAACCCAAGCCAGAACCUAAGCCCGAACCCAAGCCCAAACCCGAGCCCAAGCCUGAGCCCAAGCCGAAGCCAGACCCGCCGCACAUCCCUCCCGCAGCUGACAACUGACGAAGUGGCCGCUAGCUGUUUUGUAUGACGUUGCAGAGUAUGGUAGUAUCUGAAUAAAACCGGCUGGACCGGGAGUUGCAUCAUCUAGAUUGGUGCUCGCUGCUGCUUGUUGUACCUAUUCUUUCUUUCCAUUGUAUUGAGCUGAGUACAUUACUAGUGCAGCUUCAUUUGUUCUUUGUACAUGCAUUAUUAUCCACGUGACUCGUUGCUACA